GACGUUAAAGAGAGCUGGGCUUUCUUCUGCAGCUGGGAGCUGCAGUGUGAGCAUGUCGGUGUGUUCACUUUAAGCUUCUUCAAGGACGGAAACGACAGGAACGGGGGGCAUCUUUAGUUAAACACACCAGAGAUGGUACAAAGAGAGCUUGUUUAUAAGAUCUAUUACUGGUACGGAAUAUAAAGGGUGAUGGAGGAGGUUGUGGUCUCCUUUGGAACCCAGGACAAUGUGUUUAUGGCCAGUUCCUUUGAUCAAGGUGGAAGUCGAUGGAAGUACCCAGGUGAAGAAUUGGAGCGCAGUUCUAGCCCUUCUGUUUUGAGAUCUAUUACCUCAAAAUGGAAAGAGGGCCUUCUAAACAGAAAGAGACCCUUUGUUGGAAGGUGCUGUCAUUCCUGCACUCCUCAGAGUCAGGAAAAGCUCUUCAAUUCCAGUAUUCCUUCUCUGGGUCUGCGGAAUGUCAUUUACAUUAAUGAAACGCACACCAGGCACAGGGGAUGGCUGGCCAGGCGUCUGUGCUACGUUCUGUUUGUCCUGGAGCGUGAUGUUCGGAAGGACAUGUUUGCUAGGAAUGUGGUGGAAAAUGUAUUGAACAACAGCAGAGUGGAGAAGGCUACCAUAGAAGUAGCUUCAGAAAACAGCCCAGGUGUGAUGGAGUCCAGGAUCGACCGCAAAGCUGUCAGCAGAGUGAGGAGAAAAGCCAGAGGAAUUCUCCAGGAAAUGGUGGCUAAUAUCUCUCCCUCCUUUAUUAGGUUAACUGGCUGGGUGCUGCUGAAAUUAUUCAAUGGCUUCUUCUGGAGCAUUCAGGUUCAUAAGGGGCAACUUGAGAUGGUGAAAAAGGCUGCCACAGAGCAAAAUGUUCCGUUAGUGUUCCUGCCAGUUCAUAAAUCUCAUAUAGACUAUCUGUUGAUCACCUUCAUCUUGUUCUGUCACAACAUUAAAGCUCCACACAUUGCUGCUGGAAACAACCUCAAUAUUCCCAUCUUCAGCACGUUGAUACGCAAACUUGGAGGUUUCUUCAUUCGUCGCAAGUUGGAUGAGAACCCUAGUGGGAAAAAGGAUGUUUUGUACAGAUCUCUUCUUCAUGUGUACACUGAGGAGCUACUCAAACAGCACCAGUUUCUGGAGAUAUACCUGGAAGGCACUCGUUCACGCAGUGGGAAGCCCUCCCCUGCCAGAGCAGGCCUGCUGUCCAUCAUAGUCGACACCCUGUGCUCCACUUCCAUCUCAGAUGUGCUUAUAGUCCCUGUGGGCAUCUCUUACGACCGCAUCAUCGAGGGCAACUACAACAGUGAACAGCUGGGGAAACCCAAGAAAAAUGAAAGCUUGUGGAGUGUAGCGCGAGGGGUGUUCCGAAUGCUGCGCAAGAACUAUGGCUGUGUCAGAGUGGACUUCACACAGCCUUUUUCUUUGAAGGAGUACCUGGAUAGUCAAAGACAUCGGCAGCUUCCUGCUCCGCUUACACUGGAACAGCUCCUGGUUCCCACAAUUAUUGCAGCACAGCCAGACCAGGCCCUUUUCAAUGGUGAGGAGGAAGGUCAUCUCAGUUCCUUGGACCUUACAGAUGAACCCUGGAGACGUCAAGUGAUUGGAAACUUGGCCAAGCAUGUGCUCUUCACCGCCAAUAAAUCGUCAGCUGUGAUGUCCACCCACAUAGUUGCUUGUUUGCUCUUGUAUCGACAUAGACAGGGUGUGUACUUGUCUAAACUAGUGGAAGACUUCUUCUCCAUGAAGGAAGAGGUCCUCUCUCGUGAUUUUGAUCUGGGCUUUUCUGGCAACUCGGAGGAUGUCGUCAUGCAUGCCUUGCAUCUUCUUGGAAACUGUGUCAAUGUGACCACUUCCAGCCGCAAUACGGAGUUCUUCAUCUCUCCUGCCACGACCAUUCCUGCCUUAUUCGAGCUCAACUUCUAUAGCAAUGGUUUAUUUCAUGUUUUCAUUACGGAAGCCAUCAUUGCUUGCAGUGUCUUGGCUAUAUUGAGGGAGCAGGCUGCAGAGACAGUGCAGAGCACCUCCGAGAUGAUGGUGAGCCAGGAAAGGCUUAUCAGAAAAGCAGCUGGGCUCUCUCAUUUCUUAACAAAUGAAGUGGCUGUUGCUUUACCUUGCCAGAUGGUUUAUCAGGUCUUUGAUGACACUGUGGGAAGGUUAAUCCAGUAUGGGAUCCUCAUAGUUGCUGAGGAAGAGCAGGAGGAGCUGAGCCCCAGUCCUACCGAGGAGCCCUGGCCGAAAAAGUUCCCGGAGCCCCUGUCCUGGAGAAGCGAUGAGGAGGAUGAGGACAGUGACUUUGGGGAGGAGCAGAGGGAUCGAUACCUGAAGGUGAGCUUGUCUCCAGAACACCAGGAAUUCUUCGGUUUCCUGCAGAGGAUUUUGGGCCCUGUCCUCGAAGCCUACAGUGCGGCAGCCAUCUUUUUGCACAGUUUGAACGGUCCGGUUACAGAAAGGGAAUACACUAACCAGCUAUUCCGAUUCCUUCUGACAAGGAGUGAGAAAAAGGUGGCAGUAUUUGGAGAAAGUGCCACACACUACCUUGUGAAGAAUACAGUGAAAACGUUUAAAGAACUGGGGGUCUUCAAAGAAAGAAGUGAAAACAGGGUGACAGUCCUGGAACUUAGCAGUACUUUUCUACCUCAAGCUAACCGUAACAAGCUGCUUCAGUUCAUCCUCUCUUUCAGCUUAAUAUAACCUGCAUUUUAAAAUAUUCACCUUGGGGAAAAUUCUCAGUUAGUCAGUGUGCAAAAGGGCUUUUACUGGAUAGUAAAAAGGUGCUAAUUUAUGGCAUAGCUUUACCUGGAAGUGCCUUCAUAAAGUACUAACAAAUAGGAGAGUCAUCUUUCUUUUGUAAUGAAUUGCUGAAAUAUUAAUGUGCAGCUAGUCUAAUUGUUAAACACAUUAGCACUGAUGCAUCAGCACAGCCUGUGAUUUGUAUUCUUGAGUGUUUGCUUUCAGUUUGUAUCCUUUCACUUCCAAAAUACAGACGUAGUACUCAUCUCUGGCUAGGAGAUGAAUGUCAUUGACGGAACAAAAACCGUACAAGUUGCCUUCAUUGUGAAAGGUUGAAUAGACACUACAGAAAGAAAAGGAAAGAAAAUGUUAAUAAUGAUAUUUAUUCAAGAACCCUACAUUGCAUGUAAUAGGAAACAAGCAUUUAAAGGAUUUUAAAAAGCAGUGAAAAUAUUAAUGCAAGAAAUAAAAAGGUGCUUCAUUUAGUGUUAUUCCUGAAUGCAGUUGGGGUUCUAUAUUUGGUCAAAGUAAAAAAAUGUUAAUGGGAUUGUAUAUUGCUCAGCUCCCUGGUGAAGCUGUCGUGGCAUCUUAGUUUUAGGGCAUAGAUUCUAAUACUUUGCAUACCCUGAAAGCCAAACAUUCUUCCAAGGUGUGGGUUCUGGGUUUCAUGGUGUUUAGCUGAAACCAGUAUUCUAAUGGACGUCAUACUGUAAAUGUGCUUUUUGGAGGUUGAAUACUCUUUAACUAAAAGGACUGGCACUGACUAUAUUGAUUUUUACACCUUCUGUGGAUAUCCUGGACAUUUGUAGUGAAUGAAUAGUCGUUCUCUUGGUGAUGUCUGUUUUCUCUUGGAGGUGAUUUAUUCCAUUUUUUUUGCUGUAGAAUGGCAUGUGUUGAAAGGGGGCAUUUUAGUUAACACCACUACCAUGAAAACAUUAAUAGUAGCUUUUGAAGGUUUGUUAAAGGCACAUACAGUAUUUGACAGCAGGUCAGUAAGUUCGUUGAACAGUGCACUUAAAAUGGUUCUAGCCAUGAUUUCUCUGUACCUCUUGCCAGUACAAUCCUGAUAGUGUGCAACAAAUCAUAGUGCAAGUUGAACUUGUGACAUCACUUUUCCAGGCCUCCCUACAGCCUUUAAGUCGGUUUCAGUGGACAGCUUUUUGGCAUGGCAGUUUUUCAUCCGAUGCUUGUGUAACUUGGGAAGCUAGUGCACAGAGGCACAGAAAUAAACUUCACAUUUAUUCCAAGACCCACUGGAAUCUCUGAUACUGUUGACUCGUUGGGUCCUCUGAUACUGUUGACCCAUUGGGACCUCAGAUACUGUUGAACUACAUUGUGGUUAUGUCGAAGUUCGUAGGGGGAGUUUAGAGAGCUAGUGUCUCUGUGUUAUUGGAGACCAUUGUGAUGAUGUCACUCACCAGUACUCCUAGCCCUCUACUGCAAGGGGCCUGGUCUUUUGUGAUUGAGGGCUUGGAUGCUGAUGGUGCAAGCUGUGCACAUGAAGCUGCUCAAGAGAGUGGAUCAUGUCCUGGUCAGGACCACGCAUAUCAUGCAUAUACUCUUGUAGGCCCAUCUUUCUUUUAAACUGUGAAUAAAAUUGAUCUAUUUUGGUGGCUCCACAGGCCAUCAACAGGACAUCCAGACCUCAGGUCAUCUUGAAAUGGCUUGAAGUCAUGCUUUAACAUAGGUGAUCAUUUUGUUUUAAUCAUUUCAAGAAUUAUGAGGGUCUGUUACCAUAUGCACCACUGCUGUUUUGUCAAGGAAGAUAGAAGACUGUCAAACACUGGACAACAUCUUAAUUUUAGUGAGAUUCAUACUUUGAGUGAAGAAGUUUAGGUCUAGCCAGCCGAUACCCUAAAGCCAAGAAUUUAAGUAGAGUUGUUUUAGUGUAAAGUAGUGGCGGAAUAAGCUUUAAAGUGAACCAAAUUGCUGUGAUGAAUCUGAAUUCCUUUUUCUCUUUAUUUUCAUUUUCAACCCCAUAAAUUCUGCAGUGUGGCUUAAAGCAAAUGCAGACAUACUGUAGAAAGUUAUGUUAUGUGGUUAUCAGAACGUUUAUUAAGGAGUACUUCUUUUUUCUGACUAAAGCAGACCAAGGUGAGUUCUCGGUUUUGCAAAACAAGCUGAUAUCCUUUGUACGGUAAUUUCUUCCCUUUACAAAAUUAAAUUUAAUUUGCCGUUGAGAAAUAAUUUCACAAUAAACUUCCAUUUGUGUUGAGACUGUGGGAGGAAACCAUUAUGAAAAUGGGGAGAGCUGGCAAACUCCAUGCAGACAGCACCCCAAGAAUUGAGCCCAGGGACCCAGCAGUGCGAGGCAGCAAUGUUAACUACUGCACCACCUUGCUGCCCCCUAAUGUAAUCAUAUAAUUGUAUGAUAUUAACGAUUGCGUAAUAUAACUGUAUAUAUUCUCUGAUACGGGUUGCGCUGUUUUGAUUAAGAGGAAUGUAAAAGAAGGAAUAAUAAGAAAGGGGAGUGUUUUAAAAGAUUAUGAAAGAUCUCCAAAUUGCAUUUUCUAUUCAAACUGUUUUGGGAGCUGUCCAUAUACAGUAAUAUGUCUUUACUCCAUUUCCACAGAGCUCUGCUUUUCCUGUUUUCAAUGUGUAGUUUCAAAUACGAUCUGGAUGUGUAAGGGGGAAAUCAGGACAUUUCCUUUUAACAAUUUAAGUUGCAGUUCUUAACGAGUAAACACAAGUAACUGGAGAGAAGUUACAGCAAACUGUGAAAGCAAGGAGGGCAUUGUUUAGUUUUGAGGAACAUUUCCAUCUUCCUUAGUGUAUUGAUUCUCUAGUCCUUUUAGUGUUUGCAUUAAUAAUUUUCUGCUGUAUUUUGGUAGUCGUGUACCUUAUACCAGCUUUCGAGCAUGCUGCACACACUAAUGAAGUGAUAUACAGCAGGAAUAAUCUAACUAGGCCAGCAAAGCUGAAAUUCUCCCACUUUGAGCAGCUACCUAAGCCACUGUGCUCUAACCUUAUUGGUCUGCGGUGGAAAUAGAUGCUUUUUUAUUAGAACAUGCAUUAUUGAGCCAUUUUGAACUAAAGCCAUAUAACAAAUAACUGUGAGAACCUGAGGAUGUGUGGCUUGUGAAUUAUAUAACAUCGCAGGCAACAAUUUUAUUUGUAAUAUGCAUGCAUCUACUGCUGUUGAAUGUUUUGUCUGAAGGGUAUAGGCUUGGACACCACUGUAGUUUUAAUUCACCUUAGGUGUGUGAUUAAAAGAUACUUGAAAGUUACUGAGAAACAGCAUUUUUCAAUUUGAAUGAAUUAUGUGGUUACCAGUUGAGUACAAAUUCAAUUACUGUGCUCACAGAACAUACUGUAUACAAAUCCCUGCCAGCUUAAAAUGAACUCCCCCCAGAUGUGGUGGGAUUCUUUCAUUUUCUGUGAUAUAACAUUUUCACCUGCUGCAUGAACAUCCUGUUUCUUGUUUUUCAUGGCACUCAGGGUCCAUGCUCUCAGAGACUGCUGCAUUUUGUUGCCCUUGUGUCACAAUAUGGUACAAUAUUUAAUAUCUCUAUGAUAAGACUGCUCAUAUCAUUAAUUUUAACAUGGCAGGUUGAAUGUGGCCUCUUUUUCCCAAUAUUCUAUAUAUAUAAUGUUUGCAUGAUAUAAAUAAUCCUUCCUGUACACUUGACCACCAAUUUUCAGUCAUUCUGCUCAAAGUUGAGCAACUUUGAAAUACAUUAUUGAGUACUGUAAGUUACCUAAGAUGUUGUACAACAAAGUAUCUGGCAAAGCCUGGAAGACUGAAAUGAGUUUUUUAAUAUGCUUUCAGAAAUGACUGUAAUUGAAAUGAAAUUAAUACUGCAGACAGCUCACAAGUUAAAUGUGUUUCAGGGCUUAAAGUGCAAGGAUGGUAGGUACACUGCUAGUUCUUUAUUUUAAAUGGUUCUCACUGGGGAAUGAUAGCCUGGUAUUAAUGAUGACAUAGCCAGAUCCCCUGUCUGGGGAGAGCCAAGGGGAAAGCAAACAGAAGAAAGAAUGAUAAAGACCUGCAUUUCAUUGGAGAAAUGUUGGAUCUGUGGCAUGAAUUGAUGCUUGCCUCUCCUGAACUUAAAAACCUGGAAAUGUACCAAAUCUGAAUUCAGAUGGAAGAUCAAAUGCUUUGCAGUGCAGCAACAUCUAGAUCUUUCACCCAGAGUCAAGAAAAAAAUAUUAAAAACUGUUUAAAGCUGCAGACAUAAAUAUCAGGCUUUUGUAAAGCUGUAGAAAAUAUUAACACAUAUUAAAUUCAUUAGACUGCUGAAAAUCGUAACAGUUGCUAGUUCCAUAAGUUUUGUUAAUUUGUAAAUGGUAUUAAUUUUAAUAAAAUUGUGAGUAUCUUUGUUGGACAUUUAGUGUUAUCAGCAUGUGUUAACCACUUUUUUUGCACUCAAACUUUGGAAUGUCUCUAUUUUUUAUCCUAGCCGUUUAGUAGUAACAGCUGUCACUCAGCUUGACUCGCUGCUAAGCCUGCGGUGCCAAACUGGAGAGAGUAGGACUACAGUAUGUAUGCUUUCCUCUGAAAUGCAGUGUCAGAUCAUCCAGCAUUUUUCACACUGCAAGUCCCACAGUGCCUGCAGGAAACUUAGCAUUUAUUUGAUUGAGCAAUGCAGCUCCCACUUGUUAUAUCGCAAGCUCACAGGUGACCCAGGGGUGUCACUAUUACACUGCAAGCCAAGAGCAAUCACUCUGCCCAGUCCUGGUCCUGGAGGUCUUGAGUGUACAUAUGCUGGUUUGUCUGAUGCAGCGCUAUGUGUUGAGCGACAUGAAAGCCUGCUUAAAUGUAUUGUGCAGGUUGAAACUUAGUAAGGAAGUCCAUGAGACAAUAUUGGUUUUGACUUGGUAUACUGGCUGGCUGAGUCUCAUGCAAAUAAAGGUCUAAUGAAUCUGUCAGCUUGCUAACUUUGAUUGUGCUUGGGGUUACAUUGUUUAACACAAUAUUAAAUCUUUUUUUUUAUAUAUUGUGUUAACACUAUAAGCAAAGUCCCAUUUUCAAAAUACUGGCAUUUCCACUGAUCGCUUAUGCGGGUGAAUGUAACACCACUGUAAUAUAAAUUAUCUGUAUUAAAUAUUAACAAGGACCUUAUUUCCAGUGCACACUCAGUAAUAGUGGUAUGGCAUUGCUUCUUCCUCAAUUUGGCUUUAUGCACUGGGAAACCAGACUGUACAGCAAUAAACUCUGCCUGCCCUUCUGUGAACAUUUAGUGCGCAAAACACUUCUUCUGUCUCUCCCCAAAGGUAAAUCAAUUGAAAUAUGAAAUUGUGCUAUAUAUACUGUAUUAGUCUUUUUGAUAUUUGUAAAUGAACUUGUCCAGAACUCAGCAACAUUGUGAAUGGAUACCGCUUCAUUGAGAGAGGGGUGUACAUUCCCUUGAAAGUUUGCUGACUGCUGAAAGCAGUGCUGUGCUCUCGUUUACUUAGGUUAGUUCUGAAUAGAAACUCAGUCGCAGUAAAUGAAUUAAAGAACUUCAGGACAGUACCAAUAAAAGCACUUAUAAAGAAUAAAGCUCCUCUAUAACCUCUGAACAGGAUGCCUUUACAUCACCAACAGUAUUUAAAAUGUUAAAAUGCAUGCUUGCAAAUAUUACCAAUGUAACAUAACCUUUGCAAAAAUGAAUUCUAUUUGAUUAACACAACUAUAGCAUAUUCAUGUUAUUUUUUGAUCUAAUGGUUUUUAACAGCAUGUCUAAGAGUGUAGUGAUUUGUGCCAUUGUUUACAUACUUUGUUCUAUUUUUUUUUUUUUUUGCU